AUGUCGUUCGUUCCGUCGUCGGGCUUCGACGCAGACCGAUUAAUCACACCAGCGGGACAGGGGAGCGAGAAUCUGCGUCACUCUCGUUAUAGUAUCAUUGCCGCGGCUGCUGGCGCUGGAUCGACGAAAGCUGCUGCGAAGGACGAGGGAGGGGAGGAGGAGUUGAAGCAGGCGCACAAACUGUUUGACCAGGUGGUCAUCUUUGUGAAAGCAGGCGACGGGGGGAACGGCGCAGUGCUGCACCCCCCACGGCCAUGGAAGGCGGGGGAGACGCCUGGACUGAAGGGAGGGAAGCUCAACGCGAGGGAGGCGGAGGAACUGAGGAGGAAGCUUCGCAGGAAAGAGGCUGAAAAGGCCAAGGCAAUGAAGAGGGUGGGCACGUUCAAGAGGGACGCGGAUGGGCUGGCGAUCGUGCCCAUGGGAGGGCAUGGGGGAGACAUUGUGAUUUAUGCUGAUCCCUCCCUCUCCACGCUGCUGCCGCUGCACCGCAAGAAGCGGCACGUGGCGAGGAGCGGAGGACACGUGGAUGCCAAGGGGGGCCUGGCAAGGAGAGGGCCUGACGGAUUGCAGGGGCCAGUGCUGCGGAUAGGUGUCCCAGUAGGCACGGUGGUGAAGCGCAAGAGAGGAGGCAAGUUCCUGGCAGAUCUGGCGAACCCGGGAGAUGAAGUGGUGGUGGCGAGAGGAGGACGAGGAGGGAUCAGUGUGUACGAGCUGCCUGCUUCCAACAAGGCCCACCUGCGCCCUGUGAAGGCACCAUUGGGAACCACAGUCAUGAGCGCACCAGAAGACAAGGUGAGGGGUGGGUGUGGGAUAGGGGACAUAGGGAACAUAGGGGGGGAUUGGUCAAUAGGGACCUGCACCAUUGGGACAAGGGGGGGCGUAUGGGUGACUUGGUGGGGAGGUGAUGAGUUGCCUGCUGCGUCCAACAAGGCCCGCCUGCGCCCUGUGAAGGCACCAAGAGGUAUGUGGUUGCCUGCUGCGUCCAACAAGGCCCCCCUGCGGCCUGUGAAGGCACCACCGGGAACCACAGUGAUGAGUGCUCCAGAGGAUAAGGCGGAGGUCGGGGAGAAGCAACUGACGUACGGGUUGCAAGGCGAGGAGGCAGCGUUGGAGUUGACACUGCGAGUGGUGGCUGACGUGGGGCUCGUGGCCUUCACACUCCCCAUCCUUACCGCAACACUUGCCGGGUUCCAGGCCUUCACACUCCCCAUCCUUACCGCAACACUUGCCGGGUUCCAGGCCUUCACACUCCCCAUCCUUACCGCAACACUUGCCGGGUUCCAGGCCUUCACACUCCCCAUCCUUACCGCAACACUUGCCGGGUUCCAGGCCUUCACACUCCCCAUCCUUACCGCAACACUUGCCGGGUUCCAGGCCUUCACACUCCCCAUCCUUACCGCAACACUUGCCGGGUUCCAGGCCUUCACACUCCCCAUCCUUUUCCUUGCAAUACAACCUCAGGGCUUUCCCGAUGCAGGGAAGUCGUCCCGGCUAGCAGCAGUAACCGUAGUGCGGCCGGAAAUAGCAGACUACCCGUUCGCGACCCUCAUGCUGCUGCUGCUAUCCCCCCUCCUACCUUUGACUCCUGCUCCUCCUCCCGUCCCCUAUCAGGGCUUCCCCAAUGCAGGGAAAUCGUCCCUGCUAGCAGCGGUAACCGCAGCACGGCCGGAAAUAGCAGACUACCCGUUCACGACCCUCAUGCCUAACCUGGGCCGCAUGCCUGCCGACCCUGCUGGUCCGGAUGGGGGGUUUGGCGACGGACCUACCCUGGCGGAUCUGCCAGGGCUGAUCGAAGGGGCGCAUGUGGGGAAGGUGGGGCUGAUUAACGGGGCGCAUGCGGGGAAGGUGGGUACUGGGGAGGGGCGCUUGGGUGUGAGGACCUGGGUCGCAUGUUCCUGUGCCCCCUGCGCCACACCACACCCGAGUGCUGCUGCACCCCCAACCUCCCUUUCCCCGCCACCUCCCUUCCCUGCUAACCAACCGUCCCUCUCCGCUUCCAACCAACCGUCCCUCUCCGCCCAACCUUGCCUCUUCCUCCAAUUGCAUGUCUCGCUGCCACAUCCCCAUCAGGGUCUGGGUCGCAUGUUCCUGCGCCACCUGCACCGCACCCGCGUGCUGCUGCACGUGCUCGAUGCUUCUUGUAGAGAGGGCCUGGGCCGCAUGUUCCUCCGCCACCUGCGCCGCACCCGCGUGUUGCUGCAUGUGCUCGAUGCCUCUGCGCCCGAUCCCAUACAUGACUACGUGGUGUUGAGAGAGGAAUUGAGAAUGUAUAACCCAGAGUACACCUCCCGCCCCCACAUUCUCGUGCUCAACAAGAUAGACCUACCCAUG